UCAGUACCGCGCUCACCCACCCGCGGCAUGAGCAGCGCCCCCGCGCCGGGCCCGGCGCCCGCCUGCCUCACGCUCUGGGACGAGGAGGACUUCCAGGGCCGUCGCUGCCGGCUGCUGAGCGACUGCGCGAACAUCUGCGAGCGCGGAGGCCUGCGCAGGGUGCGCUCUGUCAAGGUGGAAAACGGCGCUUGGGUGGCCUAUGAGUACCCCGACUUCCAGGGACAGCAAUUCAUUCUGGAGAAGGGUGACUAUCCUCGCUGGAGCGCCUGGAGUGGCAGUGGCGGCCACCACAGUGACCAGCUGCUCUCCUUCCGGCCAGUGCUCUGUGCGAACCACAGUGACAGCCGUGUGACACUGUUUGAGGGGGACAACUUCCAGGGCUGCAAGUUUGAACUCAGUGAUGACUACCCAUCCCUGCCCUCCAUGGGUUGGACCAGCAAGGAUGUGGGUUCCCUCAAAGUCAGCUCUGGAGCGUGGGUGGCCUACCAGUACCCAGGUUACCGGGGCUACCAGUACAUAUUGGAGCACGACCGGCAUGGAGGGGAGUUCCGUACCUACAGUGAAUAUGGCACGCAGGCCCACACCGGGCAAUUGCAGUCCAUUCGGAGAGUCCAGCAAUAAACUCCAUGGCCCCAGCACCUCCCAUGAGGACCCUCAAUAAAGGCUCCUGAACCUGUCUGCC